UGAAUGUCUUUCCUCCUGAACAAGCAAGCGUGGAAGCAAGCCUAAGUUGCGGGUAGGCUGAAGUGAAAUUGUUUCCAGAAGUCGUUGUGAUUCAAGGAAAGUGUUCAACCGUCGCCUCUAUAUUCAGUUGAUAAAACAGCCAAGGAGUCUCCGUCAUAUUCGAGGCCGUGCCAAGCAGACCGUUGUCAUCGUCUCUGCACCCACUGGCAGAAUGCAAGGCCAGGGCUUCCCCGACACUCACACGACCACCACAACCACUACAACAACCAAGUCUGCCUCAUGGCUGGUGUUUGACCCAUCAUAUCUGCGCACCUUGCCAGGCAUCCUGAAAGGAGCACAAAUUAUUAUCAGCCUGAUUGGAUUCAUCUGCUCUCAAUUGGACUACUACUUUCCGAGCACAUCCAACUGGUAUGGCUUUGUGUCAAUGACUGCAUUCUGGGUCACCCUGGUGCUCCUCUUCUUCUACGUUUUUCGCCUGAUUGAGAAGAUCAAGAUUGUUCCUUGGAUGCUUGCGGAGUUUGUGUACUGUGGUGUCUGGGCUACCCUGUAUUUUACAGCUGCUAUAGCUGCAGCUGUCAAAGGCAGAUAUCAAGAAUGUCUUGCAGCUGCUGCUUUCUUUGGUUUUGUGGCCAUGAUCCUGUAUGGUGCCGAUGCCUUCUUCAAGUACAAAGGCUGGAAGUCUGGAGAGCCUGCCCAGGGUGAGAGAUCGGUGCCCAGUGCAGGGCUUGGAGCUUCAAACACGGUGUCACCUACCAGCCCCAACUACCCUGCCUACUAACCAUGCACGCUACUAAGGCAUGCACCCACACCUCGGGCUAAGACCAGUCUGAGUGAAGAAAGGUGUGGAGACGAACCUUGCGAGUCAUGCAUUCGGCACUAAAAUGGACGGCCACUAGGGUGUCAGUGAUGGGAGGCAGCUGCUGCAAUGGGAAACCAAAACAGUGAAGAAGAGGAGUGGCACUUGUCAUACUUUUCUUACUUUGGCUGUAUCACCUUUUUCUUUGUGUUUACGCAUAUUUGAGGGCUUUAUAAAUGGGAGUGUGCUAGGAGGAAAACUAAGUUAACAUUUCGCAGUCGACAUAUUAGGAGAUAAGAAGUUUUUGUAGCGCUCACGUCUGCUGUUUUAAUUUUAUCUGUCAUUUGCCUGUUUGCUUCAUGAUUGAGAAAGACUUUCAGCUGUUGCAAAUGAACAGAGAAGUUUUCAGCUUAUCGGCUGCUAAGAGCCGAUAUGCAGUGCUCCUGCACCCCUCUAUUUGUAAAAGAGAAGUAUAGUACCAAAGUAUAUUUUUUAUUUGCUGCCACAGGGCAUUGUAGUGUUUUAUUUAAAGCCUUGCAUUCAGGAAAAACAGUUGCAUUCAGCACAAAUGUUGAAUGCCCUGUUUUUGAUGCAUGGAGGCACUAACAUUUUUUUAUGUGAUUGUGUGCAAAUGAUCUUUUAUGCACAUUUUUGGCAUCAGUACAAGCAUAAAAUUUUAUUGGAGAAUAUUGAUAUGAUUGUUAUGUAUAUAAGUGGUCUAUAAAAUGUCUUUAAAAUGUUAUGUGGCCUAGCUUGCCUUGUGUAGUAGGCAAAACGAAUGACAUCAGAUAUCUUAGUCUGAAACUGUCGUGAGAUACCUAUUAGGUUGUGUGCUAAACUGCUGCACUGUGAAUACGAAAGCAGCAGUUGCAUUAAGGCCUUUAGUUCUGCAUGAUUAUUAUCAUUAUCCUUUAUUAGUUUGUGGCAAGGGUGCCUUGCAGCUUUGCUAAUAUUGAUGCUUUGGAACUUGUUAGUACUUGCUGUGUGUAUUGCACGCAAACUACUGUCCUGAGCUGAGGCUGCACAUUUACAUCUUCAGAGGUUUACUAUACUUGUACUAAUGUUUGUUUAGUCUUAUAUUUAGCCCUGCAGUGAGCAUGGCCUUGACUUGUAUAGCCCUUCACUGUGGCGCUCUCAUGUAGUACAAAAGCAUCAGCUCAAGUUUUGCCAACGCCCUGAUUGUCCUCCUCGUAAGCUGUUCAUGUAGACGGUAUGUGACAGUUUUAUCUGUAUGUUACAGUCACUUCCUUUUUCUUAUUUUUCUGGGGCCUAGAUGUUGUUAAAUUUGUGCAUAUUUCCACUGCACAUUCAACAAAAACUGAACAAGCAUAGAGUCAGUGAUGUGUUGCUUAUGUUCAAUGCCUUGUUCCUCUCAUAGAAAUUAUUUACACUGUGUACAUUGUUCUCUAUCUGCAGUAUCAUUGUAGUGAUAUAUGUGUCCUUAAAGUGUUUCUGCCUUUCCAUUACCUUGGAUGUGUGAAAAUGCAGUUUGUGCAUUCAUGUUACAUCCACUUUAAGGCCUGCCACUUGCAGGGCAUUUUGCAGCGUAGCACAUGCUGCGUGCCAUGAAUGAAUGAAUGGCCACUGCAGAUGGCACCACUGUAAAAUAUACCAUUAACUUGGUUUACUGUUGUUGAAAUUUAUUUCUAGAGAAUGCUUCUCAAGUUGAGCUAUUUCACACACACAAUAUAAUUCAAAAUUUAUAACCCUUUUACUUGUUUCACUUCUGUUAUUCUGUUCAAAUGCCACUGCUUGUCUACAGACUUGCUGAGAUCAAGGUAUUCGGUCACAUAUGCUGGGUUACCUUUUGAUCUUUUCCUUUCUACACCUUUUAUUGAUUUAUUCAAGGCAAACAAUUUGGUAUUAGAUAUGGCGAUAUUUGAGGACUAAUGUAACUGUAAUCUCUAAGCUCACUAGCCGGUGAGAUUUCUUUUUCCUCUCAUUCUUUUAUUGCCCUGAUAUGUCAUUUGAUAAGACUGCUUGUCUAGUGGUCUCACUAGGCUGCGACUUUUCACUAAGCAACCUUGUUGCAACAUUUUUGAAUCGUGCCAAGGUGUCCACAAAAUUCUUGCUCUUCCUGUUGUAUGAGGACACCCUGAGCAUGUUGUUUGUUGAUUGAAUUGUGCCAUAACAUAUAUAGCAGUUUGCAUCUUGGCUGUAACGUUGGAGACAAUGAACAUGAAUGUGCCACAUGACUGGCAGUAGUAGGGAGGGUUAUUUUCGUAUGACAUGGCACCCAAAAAGUGUUUUAUUUAGAAUGCUGCAGUGCUGAAUCUCUCGCUGAACAACCUGCAUGCUCAUUUGCACUUGUUCCCAAAUUGCACUUACAUCCACCUUCUGUCAGUCUGUUGUAGUUGUGCCAGGCCUACAAGCAACGCACAUACCAAACCUGCUUUGUCUGUGCUAGAUAGAGCAUUUAUCAUUUAUUGUUGUGAAAAUGUGUAUGGAUGGCAACUAUGUAUACAUGCAAGGAUAUCUGGGCUGGUAGGGCGGUUGAAAGGAUGCCCACAUAUAAGUAGCUCCUUCAGGAAAUGGUGUUAUGUGUAAAACCACUGCCAAAUGGGUGGGAAUGUGUUUGUGUGUGUGUGUGUGUGCAUGUGUGGACACAGUGUUGGAGAAAGAAGCCACAUUACUUGGGGCCGUAACAUCGAAGACUUUGCCAGUCACCUGUUUCUUGUGCUGUUGAUUAUCUUUUCAUCACUGGCAUGGUUAGGUUCAUGUUUGUUUCUCUCAUUUGUGACCUUGCCAGAAGUGUAGCCUUGCACUGUUGAAAUUGUAUUGGUUGACUUGUGUUACAACAUGAAAUGCGUGUUUUGAACAUACAUGAAAGAUCAGUGCUGACGCAAAGAAAAUAUCAGGCAUUGUUAAAUGUAAUGUCUCUUUUGCACGGCUUUCGUAUCUUGAAGCUCUUUGUGCUCACUUAGUUUUCAAGUACUAAUUUGGCGUGUAGAAGCAAAUGCAACUUCAUGUUGUUCUAGCUGGUGAAAAGGUGUCAUUAUUUGAUACAAUUGUUGUCCAUGUUACUGGAUUACGGAAGUGUAGUAGUUUGCCAUGGAAAAAUACUUCUCACUUUGUUGUAAAUUGGCCCUGGUUUAAAAUCGGAUUUAAGAAUAACAGGUGUAUUGCACCUUUUGGCUGAUUGGUUUAAUGCCACAGACGUGGCAAAUAAAAUGCCAUGUUUGAUCAGGUUCAGUGCAGCACCUGUGAGCUGUUGUGCUUUGCCUUUUUCCAAAGACUUCUAUCCAUAGCCUAUCCAUCCAUACACGCAUGCACAUCAUACGUGUGGUUACAACAUAAACUGCAUUAUUGCUUCACAGUUGUCAAUGUUUUUUGUUCACGUUGUCUCUGUUCUUGACGUCUUAGUUGUGGUCACACUUGCAGCGUAUAAAUGUUGCAGAAAUAUCUGCUCUGCAUUGUACAUGCUUCAAAAGCACUUGUAUAGAGUGCAGUUGUUCUGAAUGGUUCUGAAGCAACUUUAGAAAACACAGUACAUUAGGAAAUGGUCAUUGU